UACAAGCAUAAAUGGAAGAAAAUAAAAACUGUACGGUGUCGUUAUCGUUGUCGUCGUCGCACGCGUUAUAUGUGCCUGCCUGAUCUCUGUCCCUUUCUCGCUCUUACAAUACGCACACUUACACAUAUCAAAACCGAGUGUUUUAGUCUCUUUCAUUCAAAAUAAAAUAGUAGCACAAGCAUUGGCAAGACAUACACAUGCAUAAAAGGAAAAUUAAUACGAAAAAAAAAUUCAAACGAGAAGUAAUGAGAGAAAAAAAAUAAAAAUACGCGAGAUACACGCUAGUUCUAGUUAAGUGCACAGUGUGCGGAGACGAGACUCAAAUGUAUCACUAGAAAAUUAUUACACACAUUUUUCCGUUUGUAUCGCUGUUUUUCGUCUUAAUUUGUUUUAUUUUUUUUCUGUUCCGUUGAUAUGUUUGUUUUCCAAUAUUUGAGUUGAGUUGUUUUUUUCUUUUCUCUCUCGGUGUGUAAGUGCGUAGGUUUCUGAUAUCCGAUCAGUUUCUAAAAUCUGUGGAGACUUUAGUCUCCUUUAAACCGAUAGAAAAAGAAAGAAAAAGAAAAACUUCCAAAUCCUUACGACGGCAACGACGAGGAAAUUUAUGUCAAAACGAAAUUUGAAAUCGGUUGUUGUGUCAAGGAAAAAGUUGAAGCGCAGUGCUUGUAAUCAACACCGACCAAAUCAGCGAACGUUCAAAAAAACGGACAAUUAUCGUUUUAGAGUAAAGGGUGAAAGACAGUUCAAUUGGUGAAAAGUCCUUAUGUACUUGAACGCAACGACGAAAACAAAACGAUUUGUACGUGCUUGAAUUGUGAGCAUUUGGAUUAACAUUUUUACUUGAUCCACCGAGAAAGUGAACGAAUGCGAUUACAAUCGUCGACUUAUUUGCGUAUGUCAACAAUACAUUAUUGUGCCGCAUCGCUAUAACAAAAUCUCCUCGAACCAAUAUUUUCGAUAGUGGAAAUCCGCAAUCAAGUGCAUCACCAUCACCAUCACCAUUGUGAAUGUCGGAUAUCAAGAGUGUGAAGAAAUUCAGAAGAAAACAGAAGUCAUAUUCAAAAUCUGAAUAAAAAGAAAUGUUAAGACAUACAGAAACUUGAAGAAGCAACGAGAGACCGAGAAAGCAGAGCACUGAAGAAAAAAAAAACGCAGUGUUCAAUAAAGUGAAUUAAACUAAAUAAGUGCCCUGGCCGACUCGGUUGGAUGAUGAGACUUACCGAGAAAGUACGCGAAUGUACUAACUGCAAUUGAGACUUCCGAUGACAGUGAUGACCCCUCCCAAUAUACCUCUCUGCACCGAUUGUCCCGAGACCGAUUUCAAAUAACACGUUCCGAUAUGUUGAUGGUUUUUCAAUCUGAAACGGUUAAAAUUGAUUUGUGUGCAUUUUUUUGUUCGUUUGCAAUUCGGUUUCGUUUAGUGCAACGCAUACAAUUCGGCAAAGUGACAAUGCAAUUGUGAUGUCAAAAUGGAUGUGUCCAAAGUGUUCAUUAUGCGAUUUCGACGAUGAGAGAUAGUUUAGGGGGGGUUCUCCGUCAGUCGAUUUCAUGUGGAAUUGCCGCGAGAUGAAAUAGCGAAAAAGAAAUUGUGCACGGGAUAUUUGGUUUGUUUGUUUGUGAACGCGCGAGAGAGAAGUGAGUGCGUGUGUGUGUGUGUGUGUAUGUUUGUUUAGUUGCAAAGACCGCGAAUAUUAUUUCGCUCAUUCAACGAUUCAAAAUUUGCUUCUGCUGCUACUGCUGGCGGUGCUGCGCUGCUUGUAUAUAUAUAUAUAUAUAUGAAUCGUAUAUAUUAGACGCACGAUAAAGUGUUUAUAUUGUGUGUUGUGCUUUUUAUGAAUGUUGAGCGCGUUGCAUUAUUACACACUAUACUAUUAUUAUUGUUAUUAUCAUUAUUGUUUUUCUUUCUAUUAAUUUCAUUUUAUUGCUCUCUUCUAGAGCAAGCAAUCCGAGGAAAAAAAAAACGCACACAAUGUAAAUAAAUUAGAAUUGUAAUUAACUAAUUAUGUUGUGUGUAUCCCACAUAUACACACCAUUCAAUUCGUAAUAUAUUCAAUGCAUUUUCGGAAUUAUUUCUCGUUUCUAUGUGUACUAUUUAUUUAUUUAUUUAUUUUUCGACGUUUUGUUGUUAUGAACAUGGAAUUUCGUGUGCAUGCACACAAUUUACAUACACACAAAAUGCGGUGAAAGACCGAAUAUGACAACGCGCAUUUCCAAAUUUUGAAUUUGAAUUUGAAUUCUCUCUUUUGAUCGUUGAUUCAGAAAAGCUCUCCAUACUGAAUAAACAAUACAACCGACGAAAUUCAAACGAACCGUUUCCACAAUUGUACUCGUCGAAAUGAGCUCAACGGCAGCUGAAAAACCAGUGAUAUGUUGCAAUUUAUGUGUCAUUUUAUCUUAUCUACGUAUGUAUAAUAGAGAGAAGGAAGGCAAAUGCAGAAAAUGAAAUUUUUGGUAAUUGUAUAUCAAAAUAAACGCACAGACGCGCAGCAUUCUGCGCUAAACAAACAAACCAAUCGAACCCGAAAAGAAAAAAAGAAGUGGCUAUUUUUGCAUGCAUAAAUAUUAAUAACAAUAAUGAUGGUUGUAAUCAGUGAUUAGAAUGAAGGUGAAAUAGACAAAACCGAAGAAGUCAAAAAGAAGCAAGAAACCAAAAACAAAGAUUCGAAUAAAAUUAAAAGUAUGAAAGGAAUAAAAUAACAAACAAAAAAGAAGUAGAAUUAAGCCAACUACUAGAAGCAACGACAGCAGCCAACAACAACAACAACAACAACAACAACACGAGUAAGCGAACGAGGAACAUAAGCUAGUGAACAGUGAUUUUGAAGCACACAAUCGACGAAGUGUUUCAGUGUGUGCCUGAUUUGAUUACAUACGAGAACAAGAGAUGUGCAUGUAUUCCGUCAUACAUGUUAUGUAUUCACAUAUGCCGUGAGUUUGUGGACUACACAACGACUUGUGAAUAAGACGAAAAAUAUAGUACCAAAAGGAAGAAGAAAAAAAGAAGAACAACACACAUGAAAACGAUGAAGAAGCAGAAAAAACACUAAGAAAUAUACGAAACAUAAGGUUCAGAAAAGAAAAAGAAAAGAAGAAAAAAGACGACUCGCAGCCAAAGUAAUACACAGUACACAAUACGCGAAGGAAAAAGAAGCGAACAAGAAGAAGAAGCAGCAGCAGUAGUGACAGAGAAAGAGUAAAGAAGAAGGAGCACUCGCGAAGUAGCGGUGCAUCGAUGGCGGCGGCGACGGCGGCGGCGGUGACAGAAAGCACAGGAAAAUGAAGAAAACAGCACAAUAGAGAGAAGAAAGAAAAAAAAAAACUACGAAAAAGAAGAAAUAUUUAACGAUUAGAAAAUUCAAUAUGUGUGCAUACGAGUUUAAAGACACAGCAAUAAAUAUGUGUGCAAGUACUAUAUCAUCCUAUUAUUAUGAAUAACAACAACCAACAAACAACAACGGCUAAAAAAAUAUAAAUAAACCAAACCAAACCGUACAUUAUUAUACGCUAUAUCUAGCGCGUAUACACUAUUCUCCUCAUCGUAUCGCACAACGUUCGUUCAUAUAGAGAAGAGAAAGAAAAUGGAUGCAAUUGUAACAUUAGAAAAUUUUAAAUUAAUGGUAUUUGCAUUAAUCAAAUUUCUGAAUCAAUUAUCCGAACAAGAUAAAGUAGCGGCCAUCAAAUUUCUAAUUACAACCCUGAAAGCAAGUACAAAAGAGCACUUUAGUAAAUCGCGUUAUUCAAGCUAUACAUUCGGACAGAACACGGAUGUUGAACAGUGGCUUGUGGCUGAUGUAAUUGAGAAAAAAUCACCACCGACAACUGACACCGACGACUACGAUGAAAACAGCCAAGACUUUGAUGAAAAAUUCCACAUUCAACUUGAUGAUUUAGCAAAUUCCGGUGCAUUCGGUAAUCAAGCAUUGAUACCAGUCAUACAGCAGCGCAGCAAUAAUAUCGACGGCAGCGGCAGCAGCAGCAGCAGUAACUCUGUAGUGUUAUCGCGCGAACAACGCAAAACAAACAUCGUUCAGCACUUACUGAACGAAAACAGUCGAUACGAAUUGAAUGUGCAUAAAUUAUUUGGAUUUAGUCGGAAUUUUUUGAAGUCAAUUUUCAACGAUUUCGUGUUCGAGCAUUGGAUUGAUGGCAAGUUGCUGGUGAAGCAACAGAGAAUGUUGGGCGACGCACCCUCAAUAGCAGCAGCAGCAACAUCAAAAACAACAACAACAACCACAGCGGAAGCUACACUCACCGAAAUUUUUGACGAGACCAUCGAACACGAAGACAGCGACCGUGAAUUGAGCCUUCUCAAUGAGGUCGACGACGAAAUUCUGACGCCGACCAAUCAAUCAGGCAUGAGCACCGAAUCAGUCAAUCAUCAGAUCGAUCCGUUGGAAACGAUCGAAGAAACCGACCCAACCAAAGCCAAACCGAAGCCGGCACGCAAAACCAAACUCUACACGUGUUUCCAGUGCCCAAAAGUCUAUAACAAAAGAAAAACGCUUGCGGUGCAUUACAAAUUUCAUCCUGGCUAUUGUUUUGAUUGCGGUGAAAACUUCGGAACGACGAUCGAAGAUCGUGUCCGGCACAAUCGGCAAUACCACUCGAAACAGUAUCCACAUGUGUGCGAGACGUGUGGUGAUUCAAUGUCGAGGAAUCAACAGUAUUUAGCCCAUAUAAAAACGCAUGAAAAGGAGCCAAUAAUCAAAUCGGUGUGCAAGCGCUGUGGCGAAAAAUUCACAUCGAUUAAAGCUUACAAAGAUCAUUUGCAAACGAUGGGCCAUACGGAUGGAUCGCGAGUUUGCGAGUAUUGUGGGAAAAGCUUUACAGACGAAGCAAUGCUUCAGCAGCACAUUAAACGAGUUCAUCAUACCACAAAAUCUCAUAAAUGUGAUCAUUGUGAAAAGUCAUUUGAUACUCGUUCGAAUCUGACGCGGCACAUGCAAAUUCACAAGGAUAUAACGCCGAGCUUUGUGUGUGAACAGUGCGGCGGUUCUUACGCAACAAUCCAUACGCUGCGAGAGCACAUCAAUGAUAAGCAUACCAAGAAGAAGUUGCAUACUUGCGAGGUGUGCCAACGAGAAUUUACCAAUCGUCAUUUGUAUCGUAAUCAUAUCGCAACACACUCAGAGGACCGACCGUUUGCCUGUACGAUCUGCACCAAAGCGUUCAAAUUGAAAACAAAUUUGAUGCGUCACACCAAGCGCAACCACGGUACAAGCAGCAGUAGUAGUAGUAAUGCUGGCAACAAUAAUGCGGUUGGUGAAACAACAAAAGCGAAAACCAAACGAAAGCAUCCGUCGAGCGACAAAGACGAAAGCAAUUCGUCAACGAUGACACCACCGCCGCCGCCUCAAAAGAAACCAUUUCAACCGUUUUCAUCCGACAGCCCGUUUUAUAAGAACAAUCAAUCGAUCCAGUUCCAGGCCUCGUCAACACCACAAGAAACUCAAGCCAUCGUACCGAAACCGGAAACGCCGCAAAACAAUCAAAAUGAAGUGGCCAAUUAUCCACCACAGGUGGCGCAAAAAUCACAAAUGCCCGAAUCGUUUCAUGUCGUCGAAACUUAUAUGCCAAUCAAACAGUCACCGCAACCGCCAAGCACACCCAAUCAAAACUACUACCAAUACUUUGAGCAACCGCCAAAUCAACACCAUGUUCACAAUCCAAGAAGUCAACAGAAUCAACAUGAUGUGACGGCGCAUCAACAACUUCAGCAGCAAUACCAAUCGCAACAGAAGCCGAACAAUGAAUACCAUCAGACAACGCCUUCGAAUCAAACAAGUGACGCAAACAAAAUCCAUCACAGUCUCCCAUACGUUCAAAGCAGCGCUUAUCACAUGCAGCCACAUCUACCACAAGCAUAUCAAGAGGCCUAUCACACGCAAACAGUGACCAAUCAUCAUCCGAAUGUGCUACAGUCACAGUACGCACAACAACAGCCGUUGAAAUAUCGUCAGAGUGCUUCCAAUGCUUCUCAGCAAUAUCAACAAACUCAACCUCCACAUCAUAUGCAGCAGCAGCAGCCACAACAGCAGAAUCAUUAUCGAUACCCGAACCAAUAUCACUAUUCAAAUCACUUAGCUCCAUCGGCGCGACAGCUACAAGCACAGCAACAACAGCCGCGCCAUGCAAACGUAAUGGGAAUGCCUCAAAAUUGUUAUGAUGUGUCUUAUAGUUCGGGUGCCGAGUCGCAGACAAAUCAUUCGCCAAGUAGUCAACAGCAACAGCAACAGCAGCAGCACACACCGCACCAAAUGCAGCCAACGCAUCCAGCCGUUGGCCAAACCGGCGAGCAACAUAAAGCACCAAACACAAAAUAUCCUACGUACUAUGAUGCAAAUACUCAUGCACAAUAUGAUCAUAUGCAAACACAUAACUUGGACACGGGAUGGAAUAAUUUGAAUCCAUCUUUGGUCGAUCAACAACAGUCUGCUCAAUAUGGCGUGCCGAUGCGACCAGAUAUGCCAAAAUUCAGCAAGGUUGCACCCAACCAAGCGGCCGUCGCGAAUGAUACAAAAAUACAACAGCAGCAGCAGCAGCAGCAGCAGCAGCAGCAGCAGCAGCAGCAGCAGCCACAGUAUCCAUACCAAAAUAUGUGGCCAAACGAAUCCGCACAAAUGGAAUACGCUCCCAAAGCAAUCGAUACAAACAUUGUAAAACAUGAACAACAACAGAAUUCAAGCACGGCCACAAGUGCUUCCAAUUCAUAUAACAGCAUAGGAAAUAUUCUGACCAAUUUGGAGCUGCUGGGCAAUCCAAAUUCGAAUCUGGACACGAGUAAUUUUGAACUGAUUGGCUCGAACUAUGAUCAACAAUACGGAACUAAUUCUUGGAUGUAAAAAGAGAGAGAAAUAGACAGUGGGAGAGACUAGGGUCUUUCGUGUUGGUCCGCAUUGAAAAUAGGAAUUUUAAGAUAAAAAAAAUACCUAUGAUCAAAAUAGACGUUCAAACUACACUGAAAAUUUUAUAAUUUAACGUGUUUCAACAAAAAAAAAACACAAACAAACAUAAAAUAUGAAAGAAUGAAACAUGGAAAAAGAACGGAAAGCAGAAACAAAAAUCCAUUUGGUUGUUGAAUGAAAAAAGGACAUUUUUUAGCACUUUUUUCUUAGCAUUUUUUAAAAAGAAAACUAAAUCCAAAAUCCGAAAAGCAAUUUUAGUAAUUUUGUUGAGAUAAAUCACACAUGAUUUACAAUUAUUUUAAUGAAAGAUAUAGAUAAUGUUCAUACAAAGUAUGGCAAUUUUUUCUUAAAAAAAAAACAAAAAACCACAUUUUAACGGCGAAAAGACAUUGACAAGGAAAUUACACACUCACAAGAAUAAGCGGAAGUAAUGAUAUAGAAAAAUGCACAUACACAAUAAUUGAAUUGAGUCAAUUCCAAUGAUCUUGUGCGCUGUAAAUUGUGUUAUUUUUUUUUCACAAGCUUCUUUAUAUUUAAAUAAUUUUUUUCUUUGUUUCAUUUCGAUAGUCACAUUGCUUUUGUUAUCUCAUUUUCACCAGUUCAAAAUAAACAACAAAAAGCAAAAUAUUUUUCCACAUCUGAGGCUGCUGGUGAUGAUUUACAAAAGUAGAAAUUAAAUGAUGCUAACUAUAUAUAUAUAUAUAUAUAUGAAGAAAAUAAGUAAAUAAAAACACAGACACACUAAA